GACAGGUCAAACGGCAACACAUCGGUUAGCGUUUCUGUCACACUCAUCUUUCGUUUCGAAGUGAAGUCGAAGUUGUCGUCGAUCCCGUUUCGAAUUUAUCUGAGACUGCGCAACCCACGUGAAUAUAAACGUGCGCGCGGUUUUUCGCGUCUUUGAAAGCGUAUGCGAGGUAGUCCCGAUCGAGAGAACAGUGCAUUCCUACGUGCUUUAACCGCGAUCUUUUCAAACAGUGCACAUUAUGCGCCGUGGUGAGACGAGUGUAGCGGAGUGUUUUGACACGAGCAUGGUGCGAUGAUUUUUGUGAAAUGAGCAUUCGAUGAAUGAAGAAGGCACUGUUGCACACGGAAAAUAACGUGGGAGGAACGAGCGUCGAGGAUGCAAACCGACUUGAACGGAGGACCUGGUCUCGCUAUAGUAGCAGGAGAUGUGCUUGCUCUGCGGGGAACAGGACUUGCCGCUGCCGAAACAUGGGCCCUCUUAUGUCAGGCAGCCCAGGCCCUCCAAGACCUCUUUCUUUCAAACGGUGGUGUAGUGGGUGGUUCAAGAGCCGGGCCGGUGGUCACUCCUCAUACAUUGGAAUUGACACCACGUGGUAGAGUUUUGCUGCAACUUGCGCCACCCGAAAGUGCACGGGCAUAUCUGCCCCCGGAAUAUCGACCUGGUCGUGUAUACUCGGACACCGACUCGGAAAAGAUGUGGAUGUACUCGUUGGGAAGGGCAUUAUUGGACACGACCCCGAGAGUCGCGGCGCUGACAGGAACGGUUUCCGUUUCACCCUCGUCGGCACUCCAGUCCGUUUUAGCCGCCAUGACGGAACCUGAUCCACGGAGACGAGCUUCCUUGAUGAAUCUGCUCGACGUAAUCUCCGAGUACUGCCGCACCCGUUUACAGUCGAAGCCUUUCACUCACAUCGUGAUGGAUAUGUACCGCGAGGUGGUCAAAUCCUCCCAGUACACAGCUCGAAAACGCAUGAUCACAUAUCAACACCUAAAUCCUCCGCCUCCUCUUCGAAAUCAAUCCGAUCUCUCGGAUCAGAAUCGUCGUCAGACCAACUCCUAUCCCCACCACCACCAUCCCCAACCACCACCACCCCAACAACCGGACUCCCUUCAAUCGAUCCACAACCAGGCCAACAAAAAUCCUCAUCAUAAUCAUCAUCAUCAUCAUCACCAUCACCAUCACCAUAAUAAUAAUCAAGAUCAACAGUAUCGAUCGAUGAAUCAUCAGUACAAUAAUCACUCGAACCAGCAUCGUUCUCCAGCCCGAUACCAGCCCCAUCAACAUAUCCAACAAUUUCAAGAGGCGUCUCAACAAGCUGAAACGCCCAAGGUACAUCACUAUCAUCAUCAUCAUCCGGCCAAGGGUGCGCUGUUCAAGCUUCAGUCGCGAAACUCUCACUCACACCCGAAUCUGACGAGCCUGUGCGGCCAACAGUCGCAACAGAAUCGUAGGCAGGAAGUGGAGGAUCGCAGGACGCAGUUUCACUCGCAGGUGAACGUUCAGGCGAGCGGGCGUCCGGUCGCUGGGCCGGUGUUGCAGCAUCAACGAAGGCACCAUCACUCGAGAACGUAUUCACAGCCGAUUUACACGAGGUUGCAGCACACGAGGAGCAGUGGAAAUCUGCCAUCGACGAUCGUCGGUGAAAGUAAUCCAGGAGGGAACGUUUACAGCGACCCGAUUUACGCGUUACCCGUUAAACCUUUCCUCAGCUCCCAAGACGUCAGGGUGAACGGACUGUCCGUAAAGACACCUGUCGGCCAUCGUAACGAGGAUGUGUACACGACCACGGCUAUUGCAAGGCGACCGUCCAUAGCCGGUUAUUCUCAUCCGGAUAUAGCGACAUCGUCGUCGACAGAGCGGACACGAGAGGAGAUUUACGGAAGAUCUACGACGCGAGAGAAACCAGCGCUGCAGAGGCAACACUCGAAUCCUCAGCUUCCUAGCAGGGAUCAGGAUGAUUUGGAGCGGGUGACGGAGCAAAGCGUAACAACGACCGAUCACAGGUGUUCGGCCGGUAGAGGGAAAGAGGAACAGGGAGUGCAACAACAAAAUCCAGUGUCUUCCAUGAGAGUGAGAAGUGUUCAAGGACCACCAAAGCCGCCUCGAAUAAUCACCACGCUGAAGAAGCUGCCAUUCUCCGAUGUGGAAAGCAACAAAUCGGAACCACCGGCGAAACCGCCUAGAAAUCUGAUAAAGAAUGGACCCAGAGCACGACGUGGUAAAGCCGUUCAAAGAGCACCGUCUCGCUUAUACAGAACAAUAGGUGGACCUACAAGAUCAUUUAACAAAGCCCAAUGUGUCGGUCCUGAAUUUGUAGUACGUGCCAAUCAACCACCAAAGACAUUAUGCGUUGGCCAAGUUAAGACUGGUAAUUCCGGACGUAUUGUCGUCAUAAUGCUGACAGGUCAACGAGUGGAAGUUACUUGUGAUCCUCAAAAAGUGACUGCUGGUGAUUUGUUUCAGGCUAUCAUGCAAGCUGAAAGCCUCGACGAAAACUUUACUCUUGGAUUGGCGGUGUUAUUGGCUGGUGAUUUCGCGAUUUUACCUCCCGAUACUAAAUUGAACAAAGUCGCUCCCCCAGGAUGGUUGAGCAGUGGCAAGAGCAAAGGACUUUUGGGUCUUCCGACCAGUUUUAUGCUAUAUCUGAGGCUUAGGUUCUUUUUACCUUCUCUACGUGGUGUAAGGAGUUGGAUAUCGAAACAUUUAUUAUAUUUGCAAAUACGACGGUGUAUAUUGGAGCAACAGCUGGUCUGCCCGUAUUCCGAGUUAAUUAAUCUGACUGGACUCGCUCUUCAAGCUGAAUUUGGAAAUUACAACGUGAACGAACACGGUUGCGGCGACUAUUUCCUCCUAGAGCACUACAUCCCGGAAUCGUUGAUCCUGAACGUAGAUCAGCAUCAAUCUCAGAUAAGCAACGAAGGGCCGGAAGCGCUUCGUGCCCGCCUCCAUCAAGCCCAUCGCGACAGGCGCGGCUUGGAUUCGAACAAGGCCGAGGAGAUGUUCAUAACUCACGCUCAAACGCUUCCGGAUUACGGGUCGCAUUAUUACAUAGCGACAGUGGACUCGAAGGAGUUGGAGAAGGUGAUGGCCCAACAGAAGAGGAGAAAAGCGGCGGAUAAUCGCGACAAUUGCGAGAGAUUGAUCGAUUCCAGCGAGAAUAUCUACGGCCAAGAUAUGGCCAGGUCUCAAGAGUAUCAGAUUCGUGGUCGAGUCGAGUUAUCCCGAUUCGGAUCCUGCGAGAAUAUUCCCAAAUUGUCGUACGACGAGAGGAAACCGACCGGGUUGACCAAGAGUGCAACAGCGAACGACAUCUAUGGGGCUCACAAGUCCAAGUAUCGCGUCGAUUCUUGCAACAAUAAUAACAUGAAUAACGUGAACAAUAACAAUAACAACAGUAAUCACGGAGGGAAGAGCGGGAAAGGUGGGAAGAAGAAGAGCGAGAGCAAUGUUUGGUUGGCCAUCCAUGCUCAGGGUUUGAAACUGUUCGAGAGAGGCGGCGAGCCUAGGGAGAGGGUCGAGUUGGCGCAGUUUCAAUGGAAAGAUAUUCAGACGUUGAGUUACAGUAAAAGCUGCCUGGUCGUUUACAGCAAGGUGAAUGGGAAACGGUGCAAGUUCAAGCUCAGAAUGGAUCAUAGAAAAAGUUACUUCGCUUUCAAGCUCACUUCUCUGCACCAUCAGUUCUUCUUAAGGCUGCGCUCCGAGCUCACGUCGUUACAGGGACUCGCGAAAGAAUUCGGUGUCCCUAUGACGGUGGAAGCAAAGUCCUCGCCAUCGAAAUCGAAGUCUUACGACAGUAAGACGAAGAUAGCUAUAGCGAACACGGUGAAGAACACGCAAUCGAGGCCUAAUUAUUCGACGCAGCUGGAAGAAUAUCAGAACAAAGAGAACGAGAAUCCCCAAAAGGACGCGGGGAUAAUCUCAGUUCCAAAGGCGAAGGAUGUUAUCCGCGAGCCAGGCUUCUACUCCUCGGAGGAGGACGCGCUUUACGCCCAAGUGAACGUUCGAUUGGAGCCGGAAGGGGAGUCUCGCGACACGGAAGACGAAUCGGAGAGAAGUUUAACGAGUCCCAACGAACCCCUGUCCAUCGACGGGAAGGGAUUGAAAAACGAGGGGAAGAUCUACAAUUGUCCCAGGAUAGAAUUGGAGACCGAGACCGAGUGCGGUUAUUCGCUUCCCAAGAUCGUCUCGUCGGACGACGUGGAUCAGUUGGAGAAGCCGGACAACAAUCCCGAGGAGUUGUAUGCGGCGAUCAACAAAGUUGGAAUCUCGAGGAAAAAUGAAUUUCCUGUCCCGGACGAGGUGUGGGACGUGUCCGAUGUGAAGAAGUCGUUGCACAAGAUGAAGACCUCGAGUUUACCGAAUUACGGAACAUCCAGGCAAUCGGGUGGUUACCGAACACCGAGUCUGCCACGUCGUCUAGGGGUAAAAAUGGGAACGCGGGCUAUCUACAGCAGCCUCGUGCAGAAGGACACCGCUCUUACCGACGACAUCGAGUCGCUAUCGUUAAAAUCAGACACCGAAUCCUCGAUUCAAUCGUUAUCGGCGCGAUCCGCGGAAUCUCCCCUACCGGAAGCAUACGUGCUCAACGCCGAUAUCCGCACGGACGACGAGACAUUCCGUGUUCCGGAGGACGAGUCGAUGUCCGCAUCCUUGGCGGCUCGCCUCGAGGAAUUGUCGUUCGCCGAAGAGCGAAUCCUGCAGACGAUCAAGCUGGAGAGAGGCCACGGUGGCAGCAUAGGGUUGCAAGUGACGGAGGGUAACGACGGUGGCGUGUACGUGCAAGCGGUCUCCGUUGGAGGAUCGGCCGAUAUGGCCGGAAACGUGAACAAAGGCGAUCGUAUCGUGGCGAUAAAUGGACAGAAUUUAUUACAUUUGCGGUACGAGGACGCUCUGAAGAUGCUGCAGAGCUCGUCCGAUACGAUCGAGUUGGUCCUCUCUCAGCCAACUUCCCGGAAAAACGCGACCUCCAGGCAGAAUCACGAGCAACCCGCGGAAAAUAAUUAUUUGAAUGACAUCAGAUUCGACGUGUCCUCGGAAGCGGAUACAUCGAGCAUGACAAACAAAUGGCUCGUUCAAAGGACCACCGACGUUGCAUCGGUGCAAAACACCUCGAGCGCGUAUAGCAGUGCCGCAUCGAGUGCAAUGGGUAAUCACAAUGCAAACAGCCUAUACAUGGCCGAUCUCGUCGAUAAUGGUGCGCUUAAGUCUGCCAGUAUGCUGCUCAGUAUAGAGGACUUUGACGUCAGCAGGACAAGUCGUCAAGUUUUUAUUUAAUCAAGUUGAUAAUCAAGCGCGGAGUCUGGCAACGGGGCGCCGC